AUGUUCAACGGACAUUCGGUGAAGCUACACAGUGAGCCCUAUGAGGCCAUUUCUCCCCUUCGGCCCGAGUUGGCACAGACGGGAAAGACGGUCUUGGUCUGCGGCGGCUCUACCGGCAUCGGUCAUGCCAUUGCCAGAAACUUUUGUGAAGCUGGUGCAUCCAAGGUCGUCAUCCUAGGUCGCCGGUCCGAGGUUCUACAGGAAUCUGCUUCCAAACUUCACGAGGCUUACCCCAAUACUGAAGUUAUCGGCCAAACAUGCGACAUCUUCAACCGAGCGGAGGCGCAAGCCGUCUACGACAAGUUUGAAAAGGAUUUCAUCACUUUCGAUGUCCUCAUUUUGAAUGCAGUGCAUCAGCCGGAGCUUAAAACUAUUCUGGAUCAGGGUACUGACAGGCUCUGGCAAGACUUCGAGGCGAACGUACGAGCUCCGUUGUACUUGGUCGAGAGGUUUUACAAGCAACCCAACCACUCCGGACAAAAGUAUUGCGUAUAUGUCUCAACACAAGACAUUCAUUGUUGGGACAGCGCUCCCCAGAUGCCGGGGUACCAGCUGACCAAAAACUCGUUCACCUGUGUACUCCAACAAAUCGCACGCGACACUCCAUCGGAUGCGAUGCAAGUGCUCAGUUUCCAUCCUUCUAUUGUAUUCACAGAAGCGGCAGCGAAAGCAGGGUACACUAGGGACACUCUGCCUUGGACUGAUGAAAACUUACCUGGUCAAUUCGCUGUCUGGGCCGCAUCGUCGGAGGCUCGGUUUCUCCAUGGCCGCUUUGUUUGGUCAACCUGGGAUGUGAAUGACUUGGCUUCGAGCAAGAUCAAGGCUGAGCUUGAGGCAGACCCGUGGCUGCUGAAGGUCGGAGUGAAAGGUCUUUAGACAGUCGACCAACAAAUGCUAGCGAUCACAACUUGAGCUCGUUGGAAAAUCAAUCGCUUUGUCAUCUCCGUUCUCGCUCUUUGUUCUAAACGUGGCUUAAUUUAGCAGAGACUUUUCAACCCCUCAAUGGUUUGCCGUUCCUUGAGGCGAAUGAUUUGUAAUGCCCUCCACAUUCCGACCAGCUCGGCAGAUGAAGUCGGGACCACUAUUUCAAGCUACCCUAGAGUCACCGGCACUUUGGUCGGGAGUUGAGGCGGGGAUAAAUUGGCAGGACCAGUCUGGGAAACGAAUAUUAUGUGUAUAAAUUUUAGGAUAUGGUUGUCAAAUUAGAGGGAAUCUGAAAAGGGAGUAUGGUGUAAUUCCGUCGCGAUCUUG